AUGCAGCGCAUGGCGGACCCGCUGAUAUCGGCUGGUGGAAAGACCACUUCGCUGGGGGACCACGACACAGAGGAGGAGGCUGCGCGAGCCUUCGACCGGGCGGCCAUCAACAAGGCGGGCCUCGAGGCCAAGACCAAUUUCGAUGCCCGCGACUACACCAACGAAGUGGAGGACCUGCAGAAGAUGUCACAGACAGAGCUGGUGGCGAUGCUGCGGAGCCGGGCCAGGAAGAGCGGCACACAGACCUCCCACUUCAGGGGGGUCUCGCUGCUGAAGCAGACCGGGAAGUGGCAUGCGCAGAUCAACGUGGGAGGCAAGCAGGUACAUCUGGGCUUCUUUGCAACGGAGGAGGCGGCUGCGAGGGCCUAUGACCGCGCUGCAAUCAACAAGGGUGCACGGGACGGCGGCAAGAUCAUCACAAAUUACUCCAUCGAUGACUAUGCGUCUGAGCUGGACCUGCUCCGGCGCCUGUCCCAGGAAGACCUUGUAGCUGCGCUGGCCUCUGAGAGCCGGCGAAAGCAGACAAUGGAGAUGCUGGCAGAGGGCUUCACAGGGAAGACAGAGGAGGUGUUCGGCAGCGGCUUCUCGCUCGCGCCGGCGCCGGCCGGCCCGGAGACGCCAAUGCUCGCCGAGCUGCGCGCGAAGGCCGAACGCGCGCAGCCCAAGCCGACCGAGAAGAACCAGCUGUACGCCAGCUUUGGGCGCAAGCUCGAGGCCGCGCCGCCGCCCACGGCGGAGCAGCUGGCCGCCGCACAAGAGCGCCGGGAGGCGGCCGCUCGGCACCAAGAGGAGCUGGCGGAGACGCGGAAUCACAGGCGGCAGGCGAUGCGCCUGGGAGGACAGUCCAGGACGGCGUCACCAGCCAGGGACUACGUUACCCCGAUCCCCACCCCCGGAAACUCUCCGGCAAAGUUCAGCAGGAUGCGUGCAAGGGAUGGCUCACCCGAGCCCAACCUGCACGGCGAGGAUGCCAGCCCGGCAUCCCCAUUCAUGCGUCAGCAGCGCUCCAGGCGGUCGCGGCCGUCCUUUGUUGCUAACCGCUUCCUGCGAUUUGAGCAGGAUGAGAGCAAUGCAACAACUGCGACGCUGCCAUACAUGGACAACAUGGAUGAUGAGGUGGCCUCACACUCCGGCGCUGGCCACUUUGACUACGGCGACCCUGAGGUCCAGUUCCUGCAGACGAACAAGCCGAGGACAAAGCGGCAGGAGGCAAUGAUGGCGCGGCGGCAAAAAGAGCGGCAGCAGCACGUGCAAAAGCGCAGACUCGAUAUCCUUCAGGCAGCUGUAGCAGCCUCCCCUGGGCCGUCCCCGAUCCCCACCCCUGCCCAGAGGGCUCGGCGGCCCGCCUUCCCCUCACCUCGUGGGCUGAGGAAUGGGCUGGAGGCUGUGGCGGCGAUUGCAGAAGGCCUGUGCACUGACCCCGACCUGGCGGCGGCACCAUCAGACAUGCCCAGCACCAGCGACAGCGGCAGCCACACCCACGACAUCACAGGUCACAAGCGCGGCCUGGACCUGGAUCUUGACGCGGAAGAGACGGCGCUGCCGGAAAAGAAGAACCGGCGCGUGCGGCAGGCGCCAACCAUGGCAAAACUGUUUUAG